CGACAGCCACCACUCGAUUCACUUUUGCCGCAAAAGCUGGAGACAUAACGGACUGUGACGAUAUACUAAGCCGAAGAGACAGAGCCGAUAUGGACAAGGAGGCCAAGGACGACUUUACCUUCGCCAAACUCUCUGAUUUGAACCUGCAUGUGACCUUCCGCAUUUCCAAUUUGGAGGGUAUACGAAGGCCUCACAGCCUGACCGAGAUCCUUGAGAACCCAGACCUCAGAUUUCACGGCGUCCAAUCCCAGACGCUGUCAGAUCUCUACGUGACAUGUCAGCUCGUUGCGAACAACAAGCCGCUGACAAUACCGUUCCGCACGUCCUUCAAGGCGUUCAAGAACAGCUACACGUGGAACGAGUGGAUAACGCUGCCUAUUCGCUACUGCGACCUCCCGCUCAAUGCACAGAUCACCUUCACCGUCUGGGACAUCGCGGGUCUGAGGGCCGCGAUGCCUGUAGGAGGGACGACGUUCCGCCUUUUCGGCAAGAAGUGUACAUUGCGGCGCGGGAAGCACCGGUUACUUUUGUGGCCCAACAUAGAGGCGGAUGGGUCGGUCGAGUCGACAACACCGAGCAAGUUACCCGUGCGCGAUGAGAUGGGGCGCCUGGAGAAGCUUGUGAAGAAGUACGAGCGAGGCGACUUGCCAAAGUCGGACUGGCUGGACAAGCUCGCGUUCAGGAAGAUGGCGGAAGUGCAUGCGGAAGAGACCAAGAAGUCUGAAAACCUGUUUCUGUACAUCGACCUACCACGGUUUGAUUUUCCGGUGAUUUAUAGCGAGAAGGAAGCACCAAAAUUCAAUCCGACUGCGGCCAACCCCUCCCCGCACACUCCCCUAGCCAGCAGCUCGCUCGCGGCCGACGCGCACCUAUGGAGCAUAGUCGACCCUGAUAUGGUGCGGGAGAAUCCGAUCGAGGACAAACAUCAUCGUCUCGUGCGAAGCCACCGCAGCGGCCCCUACGACCGGGAGCUCAAGCCGAACGCAAAGCUCCGUGAUGAACUCGGCAUCAUCCUCAAUUACCCGCCUAGCCGACCUCUGAACUCAGAGGAGAAGGACCUCGUGUGGAAGUUCCGGUUCUACCUGUCGCGUGAUAAGCGCGGGUUGACGAAGUUCUUGAAAUCCGUGCGGUGGAGGGAUAGCUCGGAGGUGAAGCAGGCUGUGGAAGAGCUCUUGCCGCAGUGGACGGAGAUUGACAUUGAUGAUGCGCUGGAACUGCUCGGUCCUUCGACGGUAGACUCUCGUGUGCGGGCCUUUGCUGUCAAGCAGCUCAUGCGGGCGGACGACGAUGAGCUUCUCCUGUACCUACUCCAGCUUGUUCAGGCAUUGAAGUUCGAAAGCGCGGCGAGUGACUCGCGCUCGACACGGUCGACCACGACCGCUAUCUCGUACGAUGACAGUGGGCUAUCCGACUUUCUCAUCGGGCGCGGCGUGCAGAACCUCAUCCUCGGCAACCGGCUGUACUGGUAUCUCAUGGUCGAGGUCGCGUUGGAGGACCGCAUGAUGGCAAAGAUGUACGGGCGGGUGGUGUACAAGUUCAUGAAGAAGGUCACGGAGUCGCCUGAGGGAUCCGAGCGGCGCGAGCUCAUUCGAAGGCAAGGGCUGCUCGUGGAAACACUCGCGAAGCGCGCAAAGGAGCUGCGAAUGUCGAAGGAUCCACGGCCAAAGAAGAUCGAGAAGCUGCGCGCGAUGCUCACCGACUCGAAGGGCGGCCUCGGGACCAUGGCCCCCUUGCCGCUCCCCCUCGAUGCCCGGAUCGAAGUCACAGGCAUUGCCGCGGAGAAGUCCUCCGUCUUCAAGUCGAACCUCUACCCAUUACUUUUGUACUUCCAGUGCACGGACGGCUCCGAGUACCCGGUCAUCUUCAAGGACGGGGACGACAUGCGCCAGGACCAGCUGGUGAUCCAGCUGUUCACGCUCAUGGAUCGCUUAUUGCGGCAGGAGAAUCUGGAUCUGAAGUUGACACCGUACGAUGUGCUGGCGACGGGGCCGCUGCAGGGGAUGGCACGCUUCAUCCCGAGCAAGACGAUUGCGGCGAUCAUGAGCGAGCAUGGGAGUCUGCUGAAUUACCUGCGCGCGAAUAAUCCUGACGAUGGGAGCGUGGGCACUUCGGGCGUGGAACCCAGUGUUAUCGACACGUUCGUUCGCAGUUGUGCUGGCUACUGUGUCGUGACUUACCUACUUGGAGUCGGCGAUCGCCAUCUUGACAAUCUCCUCGUCGCACCCGAUGGUCACUUCUUCCACGUCGACUUCGGCUACAUCCUCGGACGCGAUCCCAAGCCCUUCCCACCUCCCGUCAAAGUGUGUAAGGAGAUGGUCGACGGCAUGGGCGGUGCGCAGUCACCGCACUACGCGCGCUUCAAGAACUUCUGCUUCACUGCUUUCACCAUCCUGCGCAAGAGUGCCAACCUCAUCCUGAACCUCGUCGCCUUGAUGGUGGACGCGAAUAUACCCGAUAUCAAGCAUCGCGAUGUGCACGAGCAGAUACAGGACAAGUUCCGGCUCGACUUGACGGAGGAGGAGGCGAUCAAGCACUUCGAGACGUUGUUGAACGAGACGUCGUACUUCACGGUCGUUCUGGAUCGUAUUCACGAUAUCGCCCAGUAUUGGCGCAGUUGAUUGUACAGUAUGUAUGGAUUCUCCUGGUCACUUCUGCGAUUUUGUGGAUAUCGCCCCCUAAACUGCGUUCCGUAUCGGUCAGUACGUGGGCAGCCAAUCGCGGAUAUGAUGUUGUUGAGUCCUUGGGUACCCGCCCGGUCUCUUCGACCAGCGCUAAUCCAUA